AUGGUACUUGGUGUAGCAAUCGGCCAUGCCGUGAGCCCUGCUGCUGGUGCAGGCGUUGGAUUCGGCAUUUUCAUUGCAUCUAAUAUUCUCGCCAUCAUUCUUUCCAAGUCCCCCGACUCUAGACCUCCUGGAUUCUUUGGCAAGAACAAUGUACUGUCCAAGAUGUGGUGGUUCUCAUUCUACUCUUUCAACCAGCUUCGCCGAGAUCUCAACAUCGUCGUUGGAGGUGGAAAGAGAUGGAACAUCCCAGUCUUCUGGGGCUUCGUCCUCCGAUACAUCUCAGCCCCAAUCUUGGCAAUAAUCGUUUCUUUUGCCUUCCCGUUGUUCUACACCAAGCGAAACGACCCGUUGCAUAUUUUCGCCUUCGCGUCCGCUUGUGGCGUUAUGUGUAUUGUUGCCGCUGGCUUCAUUCUCCCGCGAUGGUUCGACGUCUUCGUCCCUCCUGAGAAGCUCCAUCUUAGUGAUACUUUCUAUGCCCCUCAGGUGGUCAUGGCUCCUCUCGAGGUUCACCGCGAUGAGGUCAUUGAGCAUGGACAACAUGCUGGGGAGGGACAUGUCGAGCCUUACCCGAGGAAGAAGACAGAGGCCCAGAGCUUCUGA